AUGAAGCCAUUCCUCCGGGCAAGGCGCGUGCGCGCUCUCCGCGAGCGCGAGCGCUUUGCGCGCGAGAAUGCGCGUGUGCGGCGCCAUCCCUGCGAGGAGCGCGACCGCGUGACGCUCUUCCGGGAGCUCCACAGGAUGAAAUCGAGGGGGCGGGACGAUCCCUUCCACCCCCACGAGUACGCCACCAUCCUGGGCCUCGCGGGCCGCCUGGGCGCCGCUAGGGAGGGCAACCAGAUCCACCGCCAUCUCAUCCACUGCCGGCUGGAGCGCGAGUCCAAGAUCACUGCCCAUGUCAUCCGGAUGUAUGGCCGCUGUGGAUUCCCCCACCGCGCGAUCCGCUGCUUCGACAAUCUCUUCUCCAAGCCCGCGCCGCUGUGGGCCGCCGUGAUCUCGUCGCUCGCCCAGAACGAUCGACUCGAUCACGCCAGGUACUUCUUCCGGAAGAUGCUGCUCCGCCCGUGCCGCCCCGACGAGGAUUGCUACAUCGCUGUUCUUGGCGCCUGCGCUGGAUCGCGGUGCCUGGAGUUUGGGCGAGACAUCCACGCCAAGCUCGGGCUUGCGGGGCUGGACGGUGAUUCUAACGUGUGCAAUGCGGUGAUCGCGAUGUAUGGGCGCUGCGAGGCGCCCCAACUGGCGUUGGAGUUCUUCGAGAGGAUGAAUCGCGCUGGGCAGAGGAACGCGAGCUCGUGGAUCGCACUGAUUGCCGCAUUUGCCGAGAGUGGGAAAAUGCAAGAAGCCGCGCAAUUUGCCCGGCUGCUUCUCCUAGAUGGAUCCCUGCUCUUCAUCGCCAGGAAUUUCGUGUGGAUGCUAUCGCGGUGCGAUCGGCGGAGCGAUCUGUGGCGCGGCGAGGCAAUCCAUUCGCUGGCGGUGAUCGGAGGCUUCGCGGGCGAGCCUCGCGUGGCGCAAGCGCUGAUGCGAAUGUAUGGGCGAUGUAAGAAAGUGAGCCGCGCGAGGAGGGUCUUCGAGGAGAUGGCGAGGCCGCGAGGGAAGUACCUGUGGAGCUCGCUCAUCCGGGCCUACGCGUUCGAUCGGACGCAGCGAGCGAAGAUCUUCCCGCUGUUCGAGGAGAUGAAGGGCGAUUGCAAGGCGAGGCCGACGCAAGAGACCGUCUUCACCAUGGCCAGCGCCGCGAGGAGCUUUGAGGAGGUGAAGAGCGUCCAUGCAUGGGUGGUGGAGAGGAAAUGCAAGCUGGGGCCGGUGCUGCGCGAGGUGCUGAUCGAGAGGUACAAGCGCUGCGAGAGCGUGGCGGAUGGGUGGGAGAAAUUCCGGCAAAUGCACGCGCGAUUCAAGCAGGGAUACUUCGCCUAG